CGUCCUCCCCUUCCGCCCAAGUGUUUUGAGAUGUGUAUGAGCAGCUCGGACGACUGCCUUGGCAGUAGCUGAAGUGGGAACAUGAAGGCUGCUCUUAGGGUGCUUUUGCCAUGCCUGGUGCUAUUGCUCCCCUCUGCAGCACUUCCAAGAAAGGGGAGCACGGGGGAGAGGAUUUCCCCAGUUAACCAGCUGGAGAUGAGCCUGCCGGGGGAUCUGGGACUGGAUGCAGAGAGAAAGAGAGAAAAUGCCACUUUACAGGAAAGGGUGAGACCCAGCUCGGCCCCAAGAUCAAGGAUGGCUGCUGCUGCUCGCCUCUUUUCUAAGCCUGACCCAGGAGCAAAAUGCCUCCAGGGGCUGCCUGAGGAAGGGGGCAUCGGCUGGCCUGGCUCCAGCCUGCCCCCCUGGCCGCUCGGGGGGCUGGAAGGGCCCGUGUGCAGGGUGAAAAUGGACCAGGAUGGGCUGACCCCCAGGCACCUGGAAGUUGUGGGUGUUCUCACCCACUACGAAAGUGGCUUCAUCAAGCUGUUGAGACAACGCACCAGCUGGGACGAAAGCCUUCUCGAGACGUUCGGGCUCUGCCCGGCCGGGGAGGCGGGUGCCGCUCUCCGUCCCCUGAAGCACAUCCACGCGCACGUGGUGGAGCCGGGGCAGGACCGCUUCCUCGUGCUGCACCUGGAGGAAGUGAAGUGGGAAGCCCAGGCGAACCUCUGGUUUAAGCUGGUUUUCCAGGCAGAGGUGGGCCGGUCGCUGGGAGAGCUGCGGUUCGCCUUGCUGCUCUUCUACCGGGGCAGCCGAGAGGGGCCGGGCGCUGGGCACCGCGAGGAGCUGCUGGCCACCGGCACGGGGCUGGAGCGGGAGCAGAGCCUCUGCCUCACCAGGGACACCCAGUACCUGGUCCUGGGAGCCGCCGUAGCGUCCGUCACCCGCACCAGCGAGCAGCUCAGCUUCGAGGCUUCCCUGGUGAUCAGGCGCCGCGGAGAGGGAGGUGCCCCCCUGCUCCCCACGGAGACCCAGCAGCUCCUUUUCGGCUCCGAUCACAAGUGCUUCACCAGGAUGACCCCGGUGCUGCUCCUGAUGGCCAAGUCACGGCAGCAGGAGGAGGAGGAGGAGGUGGCUUUGGCCCCUUCUUCCUACCUCUCUGCCGACGGGGUGCUGGACGUGGCUCCGUACCCUCAGCUCAGCCCACCCCAAGCCGGGACCGAGGAGCUGCUGGCCCCCACUGCCCCGAGCCAAGCCAACACUUCGGCCCCGGCGCCCGGCGGCAGCCGCUAUUUCCUGAGCAUCCUGACCCGGUUCAUCCGCCAGGUCCUGAGCCCCUCCAGCGAGCCCCCCACCCAGCCCAGCUCCCACCACUGGCUGGACUUCCAGGUGAUGGAGACCCUCCCUCACCAGCUGCUCAACCUGUCGGAGGAGGCAGCCCUGGAGCGGCUGGUGCAGUCGGAGGAGCCCUCGGUGCUGCUUUUCCCCCAGGACAGCGGAGCUGUGCUGGAGCAGCACUUGGGGGGCUGGCAGCUGGAGGGGACCGUGCUGCAGCUGCUGAUGGGCAAGCUGCAGGCGGUGAUCCAGGAGCUGAAGGACAUCCCGGCUUUCCAAGCCAACAUGGGGCUUUUCCAGCAUCUCCUGAGCUUGUGCUACUACCCGCCGGGGCCGGGUGAGGGGCAAGGCGGCGAGCGGCCGCCCGGCUCUGGGAAGAUGCACACGCUGCUGCUGCUGAAGGCGUUGCAGACGGUGCGGGCGCGCUGGCAGGAGCGGAGGAAGGUGCUGCGGCAGAACCGCAGCGCACGGCACCAGGCCCACUGCCGCCUGCAGGAGCUGACCGUCGACCUGCACGACCGCAAGUUCAUCGUCAUGCCCACCGUCUACGCGGCCAACAACUGCGAGGGUCCCUGCAAGCUGCCCCUCUCCACCCGCAUCCCCAGCUACUACUCGCACACGGUGCUGCUGUUGGGCAUGCAGGAGCGGGGCUCGCCCCUGCAGCGGGCUCCCUGCUGCGUGCCCGUCCGCUACUCGGACCAGCUCAUCAUCAGCCUCUCCGCGGAGGGGCUGGAGGUCCGCAAGUUCCCCAACAUGGUGGCAGAGGAGUGUGGCUGUCGGUAGAGGCACCCGCCCUCCUCCCCGCUUACCCCCAUCCCGUUUCCCCCUCCCCUAGUUCGCCCUCGCAGCUCCGGGAGCUGGUGCUUCUCGCCGAGGUGGGAGCUCCCCGCGUGUCCUUUCCCCACCGUUUGGCUCAUUAGCGUCGCUCUGGUUCUGGGUUUGUAGCCGUGCUGGUCCCUGGGGGCUGCUGCUCCGCACCCCGGCGUUACCCCGUGCCUGCUCCCUGGGGGCUGCUGCUCCGCACCCCGGCGUUACCCCGUGCCUGCUCCCGACGCCGGGGAUGCCCGAGGUGCCGGUGGGGCUGUGCUGCAGCGUGGCUCUGACCCCACGGUGGGCUUUGGGCUGGAUACGGGUGCCGCGGGGCCAUCACAGGAGGGCAAGGCUUGGCAGAUCCAGCCAGGACUACACUUAUUUAUCCCUUGCCUUCUGUUUCUGCAGCAGCUGGGCAGGGCGAUUGUUGCUUCCUCCAAGUCCCGUCCCCCCCCCCCCCCCCCCCCGGCCCUUCUUGCAGCAUCCUCUGGCCAUUUCCCAGCCCAUGGCCCACCACGAAGCCCCCACCAGCCACGCAGCUCCACCUGCGAAAGCAAAACCAGAGGCAAAAUCCCGUCGCAGGGAUCAGCCUUUAUCUGGGGACCCGUCCCCACGUGAGCCAGGGGCCAUGGAGAGGCAGUGGCAGUGGCUCGGGGCUCCCAGCCAGGUCACGUCUGCAUCGCCCCGCGCUGACCCCGCUCCCGGGACACGGCCAGAGCCGGGGGCUGUGGGGAGGGAGGGCUGAGAGCCGGGCGUGAUCCCGUUACACCUCCUGGGCCGCUCACACCAUUAAUGGGAGCGGGUGCGAACGGCUGCCAGAGCACCUGCUCCGCGUCGCUGCCGGCACCGGCAUGGAGAGCCCGGUUGCCCCAGAUCAUCUUCCCAGCUCAGCCCGGCCCUCAGCGAGACCCGCCGGGGCUGCUGCAGGGUCCAAACCCCGGAGAGCAGCUCCUGGGCUCAUCCCAGCUGCAGCCAGGGACCAGCCCUUGGGCUUUGCAGUGUCCCCACGGGGCUGGCAUGGGCACAGCCCGCGUGGGGAUCCGGGUUAGCCCUGAGCCCCUGUACAUUGCAGAUUGAGGGAGGGCACAGAAAACACACAAACAUAACCAGGAACAAGACCUUUUCUUGUUUUUUUUUUUUUGUUUUUUUUUUUUGUUUGUUUUGUUUUGUUUUGUUUUUUUUUUUUAAAACAUUCAAUUUAAUACCUUAUUAAAAAUGAAAAUAGUCUAUUUUAACCUCUAUUGAUUUAGCAAAUACUUAAACUUGCCGUGGGCUGGGGCUGUGAACAUCUCCCGUAGUUGCUACAGCGCUGCAUGAUAUUGCACUUGUGUUUCGUUCCUAAAAGCGACUCUGUGAAGGCAAGGCCCGAAGGGCUCCCCGGGUGCUGAGCUCCCUGGGUGCUGGGCUCCCCGGGUGCUGAGCUCCCUGGGUGCUGGGCUCCCCGGGUGCUGAGCUCCCUGGGUGCUGGGCUCCCCGGGUGCUGGGCUCCCCGGGUGCUGGGCUCCCCGGGUGCUGGGCUCUCCAGCACUGUUUUGUUACCAACGAGCUUCCCACCACCCUGCUGCGAUGGCACCGGGGCCCGGCGAGGUCGGGGGGUGGUUGUUCCCCCAACAUCCCUCUGAGGACGGCUGCAGCCUGGCUUCGUUAACCCAGAACACACUUUUCUCUUGAUUUGCUUUGAAUAAAACCAUUAACUGACUUGAA